AAGCUGGCCUGGGGUGUCUGUUCGCUCCGUUCUGGGUCUAGACUUCCCGAACUUCCCCGGAUCGCCCCACGUGAUCGACGGCCUUUUAGUUUUCGCAGACUCAGAGUCUGCAAACGUCAUCGUCGGCUCCAUUCUCUUUCUCCUUUGCGUUCCCAUCUCUUUCGGCUUGCAUGCUGUCGUCCCAUUCUGGUGGUUCUCUUCACGUUUAGACUUUAGAGCAGAGCAUUGAUUGGGACUCCCGUCCCAAUUGCUCUCUCGUCCGUACAGGCCCGGACAUGUUUCCUGCAGUCACUGGCAAUAUAGAUCUAGAGGCCCUGAGUGGCAUAUGUGGAUCGAUCUCCAUCGCGUGCUGGGUUGUCGUCUUCUCCCCGCAAAUCAUUGAAAAUUUCCGUCGCGGCUCCGCAGAUGGCCUCUCUCUUCUGUUCCUCAUCGUCUGGCUCGCCGGCGAUGUGUUCAAUAUCCUCGGCGCUGUCCUGCAAGGUGUCUUGCCAACCAUGAUUAUCCUCGCGGUGUACUACACCCUAGCCGACAUUGUGCUUCUGGCCCAAUGCUUCUAUUACCGGGGAUUUACCCUGCGAGACGAGUCAUCGACGCCGUCGCGACCCUCUUCGCCCGUCCCUGCAGAAGAACCCUACGACGUAGACACGGAGAUUCCCUCGCCUGUUAUGCCUCGGAAGCCAACCGAGCAGACCUCUUUACUCUCGUCCAAACAGCGCAGCGCCUCGUAUCAGGCUCCUCUCGGCGGCCCUAGCCCAGCAUCAUCCACAACCAUCACCCCUCAACACCAUCAACCAUUGCUCGCUCAUCGCCGCCACUCUGCCUCUUCCUUCCUUCAUAUCUCUGUGGACGGGACACACCUCUCUCCAGCCACUCCGUUCGUUGAACGGACCAAAGAACCCCGUCCGCCACGGGCCAUUACGUUACUCCAGUCGGUCUUCUUCAAUGGGUCGGCCAUCAUCCUCGUCUGUGCCGCGGGCGUUCUCGGCUGGUACAUCAGUCAGCGGUCGUCGCUCUCCUCUGAUGACAACAGCAACCGCAACGACCGCAGCUCCGAUGACCUUACCAUGGACCCGCUGGGGCAGGUCUUCGGCUACCUCUGCGCCGUGCUGUACCUCGGAUCUCGUCUGCCCCAGAUUCUGCUCAACUACCGACGCAAGUCCACCGACGGGGUAUCGUUGCUCUUCUUCCUUUUCGCGUGCAUCGGCAAUUUGACGUACGUGCUUUCAAUUCUGGCGUAUUCGCCCGUCUGCGAGCAUGAGAGCUCGUCCCGUCAGGGACGGUGUCGAUCGGACGAACUGGCAUCGCUCUAUGGCCAGUACAUACUGGUCAAUUUGUCCUGGCUGAUUGGCAGUUUCGGGACACUGCUACUGGACAUGUGCAUCUUCGUUCAGUUUUUCCUAUACCAGGAUAACAAUGGGGAGGAUGUCGACGUGGAACGGAGAGAGUGAGGGGAUUCCUCCCCCCACUUGGCAAUCCCUACCCCGCUUUCUUUCUCUUUCUAUUCUCGCUUUCUUCUGACCAGAAAGAUCCCAUAAAAGGUGUUGGUGGCAAGACUGCUUAUUAUUGCUGCUGCUGCUGCUACUGCUUUUGCUUCGACGAUAAAAGCAUCAUGACUGAUUUGGCGUCUGGCUGGUUAUUACGGUUCUCUUCGUGUAGAUAUAUAUCUCUUUAUAUUUUGGAAAUAUUGUCGGGUGGCCUGUCUUCAUAUUUGAACGCAUUUCAUAUUUCUAGCUGUUUGAAUCAUACAUAUACUACGGGUUGACACAGAGACUGA